CUAAGGCCUAGCGUGGGGCACCUGGAGACCUGAAGUUCCUCUCAGGACCAGACUGCCCAGAAAUGUCCUCUGCCCUCACAUCCCACCCCGCCCCUUCCCAGACCAAAAUACUGGGCCUGAUCUCCUCCCUCUGCCUCUGGAGUAGAUCUGACCCACUGUCUGAGCCACCAGGAAGAGUCUGGGCAGGAUCCUGCAGUGAGGGCAGACCUGUGACCUGUUCUCUGCUCCUCUCUAGCUCAGCGUCCUGGGGAACUUCUGUACACCUGUCCUAUAGAGGAGUCAUUCCCAGACAGCCUGGGAGGCUCCUCCCCAGGCCUCCCAGGACAGGUGGCUGGAUCAGCCUCAGCUGGGCCUGUGCCUCUCAGUGCCUUCUCCCUCAUCCCCACUGGCGUGUGGCCACCCUCCUAGUCAGGGCCUGAUGCUGCAGGCCCUCUGACCCCUUCACGCCUCCCCAGCCCCAAGAUGGGUGAAUUCAACGAGAAGAAGGCGACAUGUGGCACUGUCUGCCUCAAGUACCUGCUGUUCACCUACAACUGCUGCUUCUGGCUGGCUGGAUUGGCUGUCAUGGCAGUGGGCAUCUGGACGCUGGCCCUCAAGAGUGACUACAUCAGCCUACUGGCCUCAAGCACCUACCUGGCUACUGCCUACAUCCUGGUGGUGGCUGGUGUUGUCGUCAUGGUGACCGGUGUCCUGGGCUGCUGUGCCACCUUCAAGGAGCGGCGGAACCUCCUGCGCCUGUACUUCAUCCUGCUCCUCCUCAUCUUUCUGCUGGAGAUCAUUGCUGGUGUCCUGGCCUACGUCUACUACCAGCAGCUGAACACAGAACUCAAGGAGAACCUGAAGGACACCAUGACCAAGCAGUACCACCAGCCAGGCCAUGAGGGUGUGACCAGUGCUGUGGAUAAGCUGCAGCAGGAGUUUCACUGCUGCGGCAGCAACAACUCCCAGGACUGGCGUGACAGCGAGUGGAUCCGCUCGGGUGAGGCCGGUGGCCGUGUGGUCCCCGACAGCUGCUGCAAGACGGUGGUACCUGGCUGUGGGCAGCGGGAUCACGCCUCCAACAUCUACAAGGUGGAGGGUGGCUGCAUCACCAAGCUGGAAACCUUCAUCCAAGAGCACCUGAGGGUCAUCGGGGCCGUGGGCAUCGGCAUCGCUUGUGUGCAGGUCUUUGGCAUGGUCUUCACGUGCUGCUUAUACAGGAGCCUCAAAUUGGAGCACUACUGACCACCAGGGUUUGGCCUGGCUACUGGCCUCCUGCUGCAUCCCACCUAACUACUGAGCUGACUACUGAAGGCCAGGACAGAGCCCAUCUUCAUGUCUGUGCCCUGCAUGCCACCACCAUCACCUCUGCUGACUUCACCCUGGGGGUGGCUUCAAGUGCCUUUUUCCUGAGGCGUGGGGCAGGGUCCCUCCCCCAGCAUAGGGAAGAUAGGGUUAGUCUACCUGUGUGGGGCUUGGGGCCCAGGCCUGGCAGGUAGGACGAGACCUAGGUUCUGGUAAGAGUACCCCCUCCUCGAUUCCUGGGCAAGUCUGAGAAGAACCUAGACCCACCCUCUACACCAUGGGUGGUCAGAGGCAGGUGGUAGGGGCCCUGCUGAAGGUGCCCAGAGGUACAGGGGCUGCAGGGCGGGACCAGGAGCCCUUUGUGCUGCCCUGAGAGCUGUAAGGCCCAAUCAGCCAGAGCCUGGCUUAACUCUUGCCACUGCUCUUUAACAUCGCCUUCACAAAGUGUGCUGCAUCCCAGUCAGAACGUCCCUGCGAGAGUAGGGUAUUACUGGUUUUAUCCACUGCUGUAUCCGAAAUGCCUAUAACUAUUCCUGCCACAUAAUGGGUGCUCAAUAAAUGUUUGUUGAACAGCU